AUGGGUGAAAGGCAGCACUUGAACGUCUCCAAGGCCGUCGCCAUCGUGGGUGCCAGCGGCGGACUGGGGCGAGCCAUCGCACAGCGAGUUGCCCAGCGUGCUGCUGUGACACUGGGCUAUUUCGCCAACAAAGCCGCAGCUGAAGAGUUGGCUACAUCAAUCAUUGACGCUGGGGGGAAAGCGUCCACUGCACAGGUUGAUGUCACCAACGGCGACUCGGUCGAGAAGUUUCUCGUCGAAACCGAGGCUCACUGGGGCCGGUUAGAUUCGAUCAUCCUGGCAAGCGGGCCCAAAAUCCCCAUUUGUCCCAUCUUCGAGGUCUCCGACGAGGUUUUUCGCAGUGUGGUAGAGACUGAAGUCUUUGGUGGAUUCAACAUCAUCAAACGAGGGAUUCCUAUCCUCCGGAAACAGGCGGCAAAGAACCGGUCGAUCCUCUUUAUCCUGACUACGGCCGUGCUACGAACAUUGGCCUACGAUGGAUGCAGCGCGGUUCCCAAGAUGGCGUGUCUGGGUCUGGUGCGCCAAACCGCCAGGGAGGUUGCCGCCGAAGGGAUCCGCGUCAAUGCAAUCGGCACGGGAUCGUUUGAAGCAGGCAUGGCAUCGGGCAACCACAGUACCGAGGCGUUGCAGAAUCCCUAUAUCAAUUCCCUCGUCACGAAUUGCCGGACACCUGCCCAACGAAGCGGUGAUGCCAGCGAGAUCGCCGGAGUGGCCGAGUUUCUCAUCUCCGAGGAGGCGAGUUAUGUCAAUGGCCAGAUCCUUGGAGUGGACGGUGGCCACAGUUCGUAG